AUGGCGUUUAGUCUCACUCGUUUCGCGAUUGCUACGAUAGGAGGUCAAAGACAGUCACUUAUUCAAACCAUUCAAUACAGUCGCAAGUUCUCCACAAAAAUGACUAAACCAUCUGUUUAUAUAACACGAGAAGUGAACAAAGAUGCCGUAGAUUUAUUGAAAGAGCACUGCGAUGUAACUUCCUGGACAGGACCGGGUCCAGUACCUAGAGACGAACUUCUUAAAAACAUAGAAAAUAAAAACGGUCUUUUUUGCAUGCUUACUGACAAGAUAGAUUCCACGGUAUUAGACAAGGCUGGUAAAAACCUUAAAGUCAUAGCCACAAUGUCAGUCGGAUUCGACCAUCUAGACACACAGGAAAUUAAAAAACGAGGCAUUAAAAUGGGCUACACGCCCGAUACUUUGACAGACGCCACAGCGGAGUUAUCAGUCGCGUUAUUAUUAGCAACCAGCAGGCGACUUCUAGAAGCGAACCAGGAAGCCCGAACUGGCGGUUGGAAAGCCUGGUCGCCAUUUUGGAUGUGCGGACCCGGCUUGAAAGAUUCCACGGUGGGUAUCGUCGGUUUUGGAAGAAUAGGACAACAAAUUGCACGUAUUUUAAAAUCCUUUAAACCUAAACGAAUUAUUUACUAUAACAGAUCUGAAAGAUUGAGAGAAGCUCAAGAAAUCGGAGCUCAUAGAGUUAAUUUUGAUGAGCUAUUAGCUCAAAGCGACUUUAUAACUUUGGUAGCGUCUUUGACUCCGGAAACGAAGAACUUAUUUGACGAAUCUGCUUUUAAAAAAAUGAAAUCGACAGCAGUUUUUAUAAAUACCAGUAGAGGAGGCCUAGUUGAUCAAGAUGCUUUGGUUAAUGCUCUUCAGAACAAAAUCAUUUGGGGUGCAGGGUUGGAUGUUAUGACUCCAGAACCUUUACCAUUGGACCACGCUUUGUAUAAGUUAAAAAAUUGUGUUAUUCUGCCACAUAUAGGCAGCGCUGCCGUAGAAACAAGAAAUGAAAUGGGGCUAGUAACCGCCAGAAAUAUCAUAGCUGCGUUUAAAGAAGAAAAAAUGCCCUAUGAGUUAAUCGUAUAA